AAGAUGUGAAAAAACAUAAAGCAUAAUUUCCCUUUCCCCUUUUUCCCUUUUGCAUUGACUCAUUGACUUGGUAUCGAUCAGACUAAUUUCUGGUGAUCCAAUUUGUAGAUCUAUUGAGUAUCUCUGUACUUACAAUUCUCUUAGUCUUAGCUGCUCGAUCAUCGCUGACCAGGUGCGAUCGAUUAAUAAUGGCUGCUUCUUCUUCUUCAUCUUCUUCUGGCCUUGGUUGCAAAUACGAUGUGUUCAUCAAUUUCAGAGGGGAAGACACUCGCAGGGGCUUCGUCAGCCAUCUCUACAACGCUCUGGCUAAGAAACCAAUCAACGCCUUCAUUGAUGCCGAGAAGCUCAGAAAAGGCGACCACCUUUCUGAGCUCCUGACAGCGAUUCGAGAGUCAAGGCUUUCGAUUGUAGUUUUCUCUCAAGACUAUGCUUCUUCCACUUGGUGCUUGAAAGAACUCGUGCAAAUCUUGAAAUGCAAGGAUACCAAUAACCAGAUUGUACUCCCCAUUUUCUAUGAAGUUGAUCCGUCUGAUGUUCGUAAACUCAAGAAAAGUUUCGCGGAAGCUUUUGCUCAGCACGAUCGCGAUUCUAACGCCGAAAUGGAAGAGGUUCAGAGCUGGAGAUCCGCUCUUACAACUGCCACCAGUUUAUCCGGCUGGGAUUCGCGAAACUAUGAGAAUGAUGUGGUGCUUACUGAGGAAAUUGUAGAAUAUGUUUAUAGGAAAUUGAUCGACAUCUCAUCAACAUCAAGCAAAGAUAAUGGCUUGGUUGACAUGGAUUCUCGCAUGCAUGAAAUGCAUUUAUUAUUAUAUCCUCCCGGAGGUGAAACGAAUAAUGUUCGAGUUGUUGGAAUAUGGGGUAUGGGUGGUUUAGGUAAAACUACCAUCGCUAAUGCUGUUUAUGAUAAAAUCGCUUGUCGAUUUGAAGCUUGUUGCUUUCUUAAAAAUGUCAAGGAGGGUUUCAUGAAGCACGGCGAACUACUUAUGCAGACACAACUUCUAUCUAGUAUCUCGGACAACAAGGUGGGGAGCUCUGACAUAUCGAGUAAAGGUUUUCAGGUGAUGUUAAAAAGCCUUGGCCAGAGAAAAGUUCUUAUUGUUGUUGAUGAUGUGGACAAAUUAGAACAAAUUGAAGCUCUACUUGGAGAGCCACAUUUCUUUGGUGGUGGAAGCAGAAUUAUUAUAACAACUAGAGAUUCGCAAUUACUAAGCGUAGCUGAUGUGAUAUAUAAUCCCAAGACUUUGAGUGAUUCUGGAGCUCUGAAACUCUUUAGGCAGCACGCUUUCGGAAAAAACCAACCCACCAGAGAUUAUGAUGAUCUAUCGAAUCGUGUUGUAAAAUAUGCUCAAGGCCUGCCUUUAGCACUCAAAGUCCUGGGAGCUUUUCUUGGUAACAAAACUAUACGCGAGUGGGAAGAUGAGUUAGAAAAAAUAAGGAAAAUCCCGCAAGGGGGAUUUCAUGAUGUGCUUAAAUUUAUGCUUUCAGGAGCAUUUCCAGAAGUUACGGAUUGAGAACUAAAUGGGUUCAUCCGAACCAACACCGAAACAGAUUUCUUAUCUGCAAAGUUUGGGCUGCACCGUGGCUCCUACGUGGUGCCUCCAUGCUUCUCAUUUGAUCGAGCUGUACAAGUCAUUGUGAUUAAAGAUCGCCAUUGUUAUACAUGUCGAAAGAUGAUCAUUUUGUAAAACCUUCUGUAUGAAUAUUAUAGCCUUAAUUAGAUUACUCCAACUAGAAGAUUAUAAACUUCUGUGCUACCAACUACAUUGUUCCUUUCUUCAUACAAUCUGUAAGAUUGGCUUGAAAUUUUGCGCAUC